CCAUUAAAUUAAAAUGGCUGACAAGGACGACGAAGCUCUGCUGGGAAUCAAAGGUUUUAAGGACUCAAAACACUACGAACAAGUCCGCCCUGACUAUCCAAAAGAAGCUGUCGAAAUUUUAAUGAAUAAACUCGGACUUCUUGGWGAAUAUCGGGAUAAAGCCAAACAGCUAACAGUCCUUGAACUUGGCGCUGGAACUGGGAAGUUUACAAGAGUCAUGGCCAGUGUACUUCAUGAUGCUAAUGUGCGUAUUAUAGCGAGUGACCCUGUCAAAGAGAUGUGUGAACAAUUCAAAGACAUGCUACCUGAUAUUGAGAUAAAGCAAUUCGGAGCUGAAAACAUAGAUGCUCCAGAGGAAAGUGUUCAUGCUGUGGUUGCAGCUUCAUGUUUUCACUGGUUUAAGUUCAAAGAAAGUAUUGAUGAAAUUCAUCGUGCCUUAGCACCUGAUGGAAAAUUUGCUGUGGCUUGGCAUUUUCCCUCAUCGCAAUCAAUUUGGAUGAAACCUAUAUGUGAUUUUCUUGAACCACUUUAUGAAAAAAACUGUAUAACAUGGCCACUGUUACACCAUGAACAGAUUAUCAAUAGAAUUUCUUUGUCAGAGAAAUUUAGUUGUGGGAAAAUGUUGCCUAAUGUUUUGACCAAAUUACAAGUUCCUCCUGAGAAGGUGUUUAAUCAUUUCUCGUCAUACAGUGUUGUCGUUGCAGCUUCAGAUGAUGAGAAGAUGAAAUUCAAAAAAUUGUUUGAUGAAACAAUAAAAAGGCACAUUUCUAAGACUCGAGAAAAUAACUUGACAGUAGUGCACACCUGCACUGUUUGCCUAUUUGAGAAAAUAAUCUGAGGGUUUUAGCCGUUUCACCAUUAGUGAUGAAACUCUUGAAAUAUAUCAUUUUUAAUUACAUUCUACUGUUAAGUAUAUGUUUCCAUGUGCAACAACCAAAUAAAAGCAUUCAAUUAUUAA